AUGAGUGAAACACUGCCACCGCCACUUUCAGCCCGAUCAAGAGCACCUAUCAACGCAGUUGCUGAAAAAUGGUGGGAUACAUACGGGAGUGAAAAUAUAACAGAAGAUAUGAAACCUAACACAAGUUCUGAUAAUAAGGAGUCGAAGGAAAAUAAUAGUAAAACUAUUGACAACAAAUCAACCGAUACAAGUACUUUGGAAUUACAACGAACAAUAACUUCAAAACUCUAUGGAAACUUUAUGGGUAAAUCUAUGAAAAAUGACGAUCCUAAAGUUAAAGUGCUCAAAAAAUGGAGGGAAGACCAAGCAAAAGCGAGGUACGAACAUGCUAGGCAGGCUGUUAUUAAUUCACUGAAAGAAAAAUUUUGUGUCACACAAGGGUAUAGGAAUAUACCUUCUGUAGCUGAUACCAGUAAGGCUGAUAAUACUAGAGCAAUGCCUACCAUAAUAAUAACAGGAGACAAUGUCGAAGAAACAUCAAAUUCGAAUGUAAAUCGUGACGGUAAGGCACAAAAAGAUUUUGUAUCUAAAUCAAAGGUGGAUAAAGUUGAGGUUAGCUGGGCAGGUGUUGAGGAUAUCAGUCACGCAAGGAGGCUUCAGAUGGGGCAAGGUGGUGAGCUGGCACAGUGGAGGCUUGUUCCUCGUGGCAGUAGGGCGGCGGACGCAGAGGACGAACUACGCGGGCUAACGAGGAUCGACAUGCCGGUAUGUAAUUAA